AUGUCCGCACGAGAGACCUCACCCCCUCCUCACGCCCGUCCCGGGCAGACUUCUGACGAAGAUCACCGAACAAGAAGACUUCUGCGUUGGGUUUUCGCCCAAAAGAACAUUGACGAGAUCCGCGGACACCCCGACAGGGUCCUAGCGCUCAUAGAUGAGUUUAGCAAGGAUGAACGCAUGAUGACCGUCGGCCAAGCAAAGGGCAAGUACGUUCUAGAUCUGAUCAACGAAGUGAAGCCAGAAACCAUGAUUGAGCUUGGCUGCUUCGUGGGCUACUCUGCCAUCCUAUUUGGUGACGCUUGUCGUCGCAACGGUGGAAAGCGAUACCUCAGUCUCGAGUUGAACCCAGAAUGGGCAGCCGUUGCCAACAUGCUCAUUGAACUUGCGGGUCUGCGAAGCUUCGUCACGGUCCUCGUCGGCCGCAGCGACGUGACUCUCGACAAACUCUACCAGACAGGCGAUGUCAAGAAGAUCGAACUGCUCUUCAUUGAUCACUACAAGCCGGCUUACCUUACAGACGUCAAGCUUUGCGAACAUCACGGCAUGAUCGUGCCAGGCUCCGUGCUGGCUGCUGACAAUGUCCUCUGGCCGGGUAACCCGCCAUAUUUGGAAUAUGUCCGGAGCACUGUUGAGCAGAAGCGAGAGGCAGCGAAGCAGGGUCCUGAAAAGGGAUACAAGACGGACGGCAUGCUUGAGCGUUCGGUGAACUCCUUCAUGCCUGAGGGUGAUGUGCCGUUCCUCGAGACGGUCGGGAACCCCAAUCUCGUUUACCAGAGUGAACUUAAGCAACCGGAAGGACAUCGGGAUGCAAUUGAAGUGACGCGAUGUGUUGGAGUGCAGGAAGCAUAG